CAGAUAUUGACACUUCAUAACAUAAUCAUUGAUAACUGAACAGUAUUUAAUAAGCUUUUUAGAUUUAUGGUGUAUAUUUAGAUAGGUGGUUAAGUGCAUAGUGCAUUAUGGUGGCGGUAUCUGUUAUAUUAUUAUCCACAUUGGCCCUGGCCGUCGCAGUACCUUUAAAUCAUCCGGAUCCUGUCCACCUGUCUAGGUCUGUCAGUCCGUCUGACGUGCCUGAAGGCCGGAACCUCUACAAUGUGAAGACUCCAGUCGACCCGAAGAGGUUGGCAAGGUAUAACCCUCAGGAGAGCAACCAGUAUCAUCUGUUCACCAGGAGAAACCCUACGGUCAGUCAACCUCUACUGAUCUUCAAUGACGGCAUUCUAGAGAGUUCCAACUAUGACAAGACUAGAAGAACAGUUAUGCUGAUCCACGGUUAUGAGGGCAACGCCACGUCAACCUUCAACUUGGCUAUGGUUCCAGCAAUCCUUGCGGCGUCGGACUUGAAUCUGAUUGUGGUGGACUGGACUGAAGGCACUGAGCUCGGUAUACCUGGAGUAAUUGUAUCUGCCAAUAGCGUGUCCCAAUUUGUCCUGUGGCUGAUGAAUGCUGCAGAAGGUUACGAGGAGGAUUAUCAUCUGAUUGGACUUGGAGUGGGAGGGCAAUAUGCUGCUAUCGCAAGCAGAUUGGCUGGAAGACUCGGUCACGUCACAGCCCUGGACCCACCUAUCUGGGAAGACGAGGCAGACAGACUCCGUACCGGUGACGCCAUGUACACUGAGGUCGUCUUCACCACGUCAGAUGGUGUGAAGCCUAAUGAACGCUACGGCCAAGUGGACUUCUAUCCUAAUGGCGGACAAGACAUGCCCGGCUGUGGCGGGGAUUGGGCUUGUAAUCAUGCUAGAUCAUACUUCUAUAUGGCGGAGUCGGUGGUGACCUGGGGCUUCACGGGCACGGAGUGCGGAAAUAAUGAGGACGCGUUCGUCGGAGCUUGCGACCUGCCCGGCAGGCUUCAAAUGGCGGCUCCGUACGCUAGCUACAUAGCUCGUGGCAUAUUCUAUUUGGAGACCAACGCAGCGCCUCCUUUCUCCCGGGGUUAAUGUUUAUAUCUAUUCUAUAACACGUGAUAUAAUAUGUAUACAUAUAAUAAAACUGUAAGUGGGUUAUGUCUGUAGGUAGAUACGUACGUAGGAAAUAUAAAAAGAAAAACAAUUAUAGGAGUUGCCUUAAAACAAAACAACUUUUAACAAAAAAUAUCUUGGUUUCUAAUAGUCCCACUAUUAGAAACCAAAACUUUUCUUUUUGUUGAAGAGAUUUUUUGUUCGAAUUUUUGUCUAACUGUAUGUUUAUUCGCGCAUAAUGCAAAACCUACUGGACGGAGUUUGAUGCAGUUUUCACAGUUGUAUUGCGAAUGAUUUAAUUUAAAAUCAGCUUGUUUUCAUUGCGAUUGACAAUAAUAAAAUGUUAUGCGAUAAUAUUGAUUCUUUGUUCAGAAGGGAAAUUUACGCGGGCGAAGUCGCGUGUUAAAGUUAAUAGAUAGAUAAUAUAAAUACUAAUCCCGAAGAUUAGGUACAUCGAUAUGUUUAAUAUUCUCAAAAAUUAUCUUAAUUUUAUAUAAAAUAAUUAGAAUUAUUUUUAAACAUUUGUUCAAAAUUUAGCGUUCCGUAUAUAUGUAGAAAGACUAUUAUUUCCACGAAUUGACCACCAGUAAAUGUUGACAUUAACUAAACCUGCGCAGAAGAACGCAAAGUCAAAAAUCGCCAUUUUAUUUGUCACGACAGCGGCGCGCAGGUUAAUGUCAAAAUGUCAAAAUUGACUCGUGCUAUACAACCCACUAUAAGGUUCCACCAAAUCUUGAUUAAAAUAAAUAAAUUGCAACAUUUAA